CCGUGCGCCCACAUGUGACCGGCGGGUCAGAGGAGCGUCACGGGUCUGUCGGUCUGUCUGACUGUCUGACUGUCUGUCUGUCUGUCUGUCUGUCUGUCGGACGCCGGCUAGCUGGUAGUUUCUCCGAUGAGCUCCUCGCAGUUGUUUAGUAACUCCUCUCACACCGGUCAUCUUUCAUAACAGAGGGCGACGCACUGAACCAGCGGCAGACAUGUCGUACUGCAGACAGGAAGGUAAAGAUCGCAUCAUCUUUGUGACCAAGGAGGACCACGAGGCUCCCAGCAACGCUGAGCUCAUCGCAGAUGACCCCAAUGAUCCUUAUGAGGAGCAGGGUCUCAUCCUGCCAAAUGGAGACGUCAACUGGAACUGCCCGUGCCUCGGCGGCAUGGCCAGCGGACCGUGUGGCUCUCAGUUCAAGGAGGCCUUUUCCUGCUUCCACUACAGUAAGGAAGAGGUGAAGGGCUCCGAGUGCAUCGACCACUUCCGUAACAUGCAGGAGUGCAUGCAGAAGUACCCUGAGCUCUAUCCUCAGGACGAGGAUAAAGCAAGCUCCGCCCAGGCAGAGUCCAGCUCUGGUUCUGUCUCCGCCGCCCCGACUGAGGGCUCUGCCUUACCCACUGAACCUGACUCUACCCCGGCCACGUCUGACAGCACGCCACCUACAGACAACCAGACCGCCAGCUAAGGUCCAUCAGUUGUCAUCCAGGCUUCUCUGUGUGUGCAAGCACUGCCCAGCAUAAGUGACUCUCCAUGAAGAGCUCUGAUUGGUCUCUCCUCCUGUUAAAGCCUACAGAGAGGACUUACUGACACAGCUCUGGUGCUCAUGGGCAAUAUUUACAGACCAUCAGAGAAGGACUUUGUGAAUGCAGAGAGACGUAGCGUUUGUACAAAAGUAGAGGCUGCUUUGUUUGCUGAGCACUCAACAAAUCAUUGAAUAACAUGAUUAAAUGACAGCAGGUCACGCUGUUUGCUGCAGGGACA